AUGAGACUUUCUAGUGUUCUGAUCACUGUCAGUUGUCUGAUUGCCCAGGUGGCAUCUUACAGCCAGGGCACUGUCAAGCACCACGUCGGGGUCCCGCAUAACAAAUUAAGUGAAACACAAAGUGUUCGGUAUCACCGUAAUACCACAUCGGGUGGCUUUGUUGGUAGAAACGGUCUGAAUUUCACGAUCGAUGGCCAAGUGAACUAUUUUGCCGGGACCAACAGUUAUUGGAUUGGUUUUCUUACCGACAACGCCGACGUCGAUCUUGUGCUCGAUCACCUACAAGGCUCUGGUGUCCGUAUCCUCCGCGUCUGGGGCUUCAAUGAUGUCAACACCACGCCUGCCCCGGGAAAGGUGUAUUUCCAGCUGCUUCAGAAUGGAGCCGCGACAAUUAACACUGGCUCUGACGGCCUCCAACGUCUAGACUACGUUGUCGCUGCCGCUGAAAAACGGAAUAUCAAACUGAUCAUCAACUUUGUCAACAACUGGUCCGACUAUGGGGGUAUCAACGCAUAUACUACCGCGUUUGGCGGUAAUAGUACGAGCUGGUAUACCACAUCAGCUAUCCAGAAGGCCUACCGCAAAUACAUCAAAGCUGUCGUCUCGAGGUAUAGCCAGUCGUCAGCAAUCUUUGCUUGGGAAUUGGCAAACGAGCCUCGUUGCAAUGGUUGUGACACCUCGGUUAUCUCUAAUUGGGCUGCCUCCACCAGUGCCUUUAUCAAAUCAAUUGAUUCACAGCACAUGGUGGGUAUCGGAGAUGAGGGAUUUGGUUUAGAUAUUGGCUCGGACGGAAGCUACCCCUACACGUAUGCUGAGGGUCUUGACUUUGCAAAGAACCUGAAGAUAGACACGAUUGACUUUGGAACUUUCCAUCUGUACCCUUCGUCUUGGGGUGUCGCCAAUUCCUUUGGAAAUGGCUGGAUUACGGCUCAUGGCAAAGCCUGCGCAGCAGCGAAUAAGCCCUGUCUCCUGGAGGAGUAUGGAGUGGCCUCCGACAAGUGCAGCAUCGAAGGCCAAUGGCAGCGAACCGCGCUGGGCACUAAAGGGAUUGGCGCAGACCUCUACUGGCAAUGUGGAGACAAUCUGAGCACAGGGAACUCCCCCAACGACGAUUUCACUAUCUACUAUGGCUCGGAUGACUUCACGUGCUUGGUUACCAACCAUGUCGCAGAAGUGUAA